AUCAGCGCCCUGUAGCCUCCGAUAUGCGGCGAGUCACGACAAAAAUAAGGCGGCGGGAGCUCCGCGCUGUCAGCGACCGCACUGUGAAGAAGAGUCAUGUCAUGCGCAGCACGUGGGCCGCGAGGCGGUGAAUCGAUCGCAGCGGUGGUUCAGGUCUGCGUGGCUUCGAAAAGUCUCGCAUUCGUAUGGAGAGAGACGGACUGUACCGGAGCAAUAUAUCCGGGUGCGAGUGACGCAACGAUCGUGUCUCUCACCCUCCCCGCGCGCGGAAGGGAGGGAGGGGGUUUGUCCGUCACUUUUGUCUACAGCAGAGCAUGGCAUGGCACAUCGUCACAACCGGCGAGUGCUGCGUGCAUCGCCGGAGAUGGCUCGCAUCGGAUUGAAUUUCUAUUACAGCAAACGUAGGUAGGAGGUAGUUGGGCGGAGUGGGCGAUCUAGUCCUAGUCCCCGUCCGCGAAAUCUUGGAAUCUGAUUGACGAUGACGGUGCGAUGAUGGGGCGACACCACCACCCUCCGGCUGAAUCGUGGCUGUAUCGGACCCAGAUGCCCGAGCGGCGCUCAUACGGCGACAACCCGAAAACCC